GUAAACUCAAUGUAUGGAUACAAUGGAGGAGCAGAAGCCACUAUUGGAACUGCGGCAGAUAUGACUGGAAUGGAUGCGGCUACAAUGGGAGCAGGAGCAGCUACAGAAGGUGCCUCUGAAAAUAAAACCUUGCAUAAAAACAUUAACUCACAGUAG